GCAUCAGGAACCGCCCGCGCUCUUCUUCUCCUUAGCAGCGUGCGAGCGACAAACUCGAUUGUGCCCUGAUCGACUCACAUUGCCAAUUAAUCCCAAUCAGGCUCUGCCAAAAUGAAGGUUUCCUAUUUGACAAUAGGACUUCUGUCCCUCCUGACGCCCUUGUCGGCGGCAUGGAGCAAGGAAGACCGCGAAAUCUUCCGAAUCCGCGAUGAAAUCUCUGCUCACGAGGCCGAUCCUGGCGCUACCUUUUACGACAUCCUCGAAAUCAAGUCCAGUGCUUCGCUCGACGAUGUCAACAAGGCGUACCGCGCAAAGACCCGUGCCCUUCACCCCGACAAGGUCAAGCAACAACUGCGUGCUGCUCGCGCUAAGGAGGCCGCCGCCAGCGGCAAGAAAGAAGCCAAGCCCUUGUCCAAGGCCGAGGUCAAGGCUGCUGUCAAGGCUGCUGAUGAGCGCUAUGCUCGUUUGACGCUGAUUGUCGGCAUUCUUCGUGGCCCCUCGAGAGACCGAUACAACCACUUUGUUACCAAUGGCUUCCCUCUAUGGAAGGGCACCGAUUACUACUACAACCGCUAUCGUCCUGGUCUGGGUACGGUCAUGUUUGGCCUGUUCCUCGUUGUGGGCGGCGGCGUCCACUACAUCGUCCUCUACAUGGGCUGGAAGCGCCAGAAGGAGUUUAUCGGUCGCUAUGUCAAGUUUGCCCGAGAUACUGCAUGGGGCCCUGGCAUGGCGAUCCCUGGUGUGGACGAGAUUGAGGAGACCACUGUCGAUGCUGAGGAGGACCCUUCCAUGCAGGCCCUGAACCGCAAGCAGCGCCGCCAGAUGGAGAAGGAGAAGAAGAGUGGUGUUACGGCCAAGAAGGCCCGCAGACUCCCGGCUACCAAGACUACUGCUCCUGACGGCACCGAGGUUACCAAGAAGCGGGUUGUUGCUGAGAACGGCAAGGUCCUUGUCGUUGAUGCCGACGGCAAUGUGUUCCUUGAGGAGCAGGAUGAGGAUGGCAUUGUGAACGAGUACCUCUUGGAUCCCGAGCAGCUUCCUCUGCCCAGCUUCAAGGACACUGCUGUGUUCCGCGCCCCUGCGCUGCUCUUCUCGUCGACUGUCGGCCGAUUCGUCCCCAGUGGCAGCAGCAACGAGGCUGCUGCUGACGAUGCCCAGGAUGGCCAUGAUACGCCUAGCUCGGACUCUGUGGGCGGCGACUUUGAGUUCCUGGACAAGAGCACCGACUCGCUCAAGAGCGCCAAGACGUCUGGCUCGCAGCAAGGUGGCAAGACUAAGAAGAGAAAGGGCAGCAAGAAAUAAGACACUAUAUCGGGACGAAAAUUAAAGACGGGCAACGGGGUGGGGGGGAUGUAAGAAGGGCUUGUUUGUGCUCGCCUCUUGUCAACUUAAGCUAUUCCCUAUUUCAUGUUGCGGUAAUGGCGCGCAAUCAGCCGAACCUGCCCAUGCUACUAUUAUUUCAGACUAUCUAGACUCUCUGGCCGGCCAAAAGUUGGAUGCAAUGCUAUUUUUUAGUCUUCUAUUCUUUCCGAUAUCUGCUUUUGCUGUCUACCAACCCACUAACCUUUUACUUGCAUGAAUUCAGUAGCAAUUUUUUUAACUUCUA